CGGAGUGGGCUAAGUGGGCUUACGGCUGGGUUCUGUUUGUUGUGAUUUCUGCUCCACUUCCCCACCUAAUUCGUGUGGCUAGCCUGUUUUAGGUAACAGGAAGUCUGAAGUCAUGGCUGGAAAACCCAAACUUUACUACUUUAAUGGAAGAGGCAGGAUGGAGUCAAUUCGCUGGUUGUUAGCUGCAGCUGGGGUUGAGUUUGAAGAAGUUUUCUUGGAAACUCGAGAGCAAUAUGAGAAGCUUCUGCAGGGUGGAUCCCUGAUGUUUCAGCAAGUGCCCAUGGUGGAAAUUGAUGGGAUGAAGAUGGUGCAGACCAAAGCCAUUCUCAGCUACCUAGCAGCAAAGUACAACCUCUAUGGAAAGGACCUAAAGGAGAGAGCCCUGAUUGAUAUGUAUGUUGGAGGAACUGAUGAUCUUAUGAUGCUCAUUUUGGUCUUCCCAUUUUUAUCGGCUGAAGAUAAAGAGAAACAACUUGCUGUUAUAGUUCAAAGGGCAACAAGCAGGUACUUCCCAGUAUAUGAAAAGGUUUUGAAAGACCAUGGGCAGAAUUUUCUGGUUGGCAACAAUUUUAGCUGGGCGGACAUUCAUCUUCUUGAAGCCAUUUUAAUGGUAGAAGAAAAGAAGUCAGAUGUGCUCUCAGGCUUUCCUCAGUUACAGGCUUUUAAAAAAAGGAUAAGCAGCAUCCCUACAAUCAAGAAGUUUCUAGAGCCAGGGAGCCAGAGAAAACCUGUUCCUGAUGAUAAAUAUGUGGAGACUGUGAGGAGAGUUCUCCGCAUGUACUAUGACAUAAAGGCGAAUUAACAUGCCUGGCCAGCUACAACAGCAGCUGUUGGGAGAGCUACCAGAUGGCACUUCUACAAUUAUACUGCAGACACGUGGUGAAAAGGUCUUCAAAAGGAGUUUCAUGGCAGUAUCUCAUCUCCUCUCGUACAAAAUACUGUAGGCAGGUGUCUUUUCUAACACUUUAUUACUAAUCUAUUUUUUUAAUUCAUUCUUCUUGAGAUCUUACAGGUAAUUUGAAGCAAGUGAAAUGACAACAAGCAUGAUGUCUUCCUGAUUAGGGUUUUUUGUAUGAUUACCUUGAAAUCAGGCCUUCAUUGUUUUGAAUAUUGCUUCAGGCAAAUGAAACAAGUGGGCUUUAAUAAAAAGGAGAGAGGCAUUUCUCUUCAGUUCAUCAGUAACUUUUCUGAAAUGUCAGCAUUGUGACUUUAAACUGCACUUUAAUUUGUUUCCUAAUUCAAGAAUAACAUUUUUGGUGUAACUGGAGAAUCUGUUUUAAUCAAAUAAACUGUAUUUUUAUGUGGUUGUGUCACGCUUUAUCAUGAAUGAAAGUUGCAGCUUGCAAACAUGUUUACUUUUCUUGGAGGAUAAAUUCUUUAUACUUGAUAUGGGUUAUCAAGGAUCCUCUUCAUCUGCCUCCUGCAAAGGCAUUUUGUUUGCAUUUAAAACUACAUAUAUGAGAUUUAGAGGUAGUAACCCAUCACACAAACCUGGUGUAGUUCCUAUUUAAGGUCUCACAUCUGCCAAACUCAAUGUUAUUUUUCUUCC